AUGCAAAGAGCUAACGUGGAGAUGUUGGAGAAGACUCUGUUCACCACUUCCAAAUCGGAUGAAGCGCUGCAUCCGUGUGUUGUGGUUCUCGAUUCAAAACACGCUGUGUCGUUUUUUCACGGCCCUCAUUCAUCAUUGAAGCUCAAUGAGACACUUUCUGUGUACUCUGUCUAUGAUUCAACAUUACACUAUCAGGUUUGCUUUUUCCAAUUAUUUGAAUUAUUUUAAAAUUGAUUUUCAGACUUUGGUUCACGCUACCUCAGUAGCGUAUGACGUAGUUGUGCUCAAGAUUCAAGAUGGCGGGGAGUUCCCGUUCUAUCCCAAAGGAUUCGAAUCUCUGUACCGCGGUCAGCACUAUUUGCAGCUGGGCAUCAGCCCGAAUAGGAUGCCAACCUGGAAAGACAGAGUCGUCUCUGACAGAUUCGGUAUGUCUAAAUUCUUAAAUUUAUUGUUAAUUAUUUGAUUUAGGUGGAUACUAUGUCGGAACGUCUUGGGGACAAUCGGGCGAUUCCGGCAGUGGAAUUUUCAAUUCUUCCGGAUAUUUUCUAGGAAUGUCGGUUGGAAAGGAGGUGUUCGUCUUCAACGAUUCUUCCAACAUGCCACUAGCAGAAGUAGCGAACCACCGCCCAGAUAGUAAAAUAAUCAGCUCCGAUGUGAUUCUGGGAAUCGCUGGAAUUGGUGGACCAGGGGUAAGUGGAUUCAUUGGAAAAUUGGUUUAAUCGUUUUGUUUCAGUUGGAGCCGGUGGAGAAACGCUGCAAAACCGAUAAGCAGUUUCCCUCCUAAAUUCUUCAGUUUGCGAUCUUGUUUCAUUUGAAAUUUUCUGUAUUCGGUAAGCAACAAUAAAUGAUAUGGAUUCACUGCUUGACAAAUAUUGAAUAGGUGGGAGCUAUCGUUGAUUACGAUUCAAAUAUCUUUUAUUAUAUCCGACAAAGUAUCUCUCAUGAAGAUUCCCCGGAAAUUCUUGAUCUUUAGUGUGUCUACUAGUUCUAAGAGAUCAUAAUUUGUCAGAGGUUUAAGAUUUUGGAAAAAGCUCAUUUAAUAGCAAUAAAAACAUUGAAAAGUCUCAAAAAUUUAAAAGUGGGAAAAAUGGUCACUUCUACGUCCAGCCAAAAAAGUGACGUUUUUCAAAAAUGACUGAUUUUCGAUGAGCUUAGACACUUUUUUGAUGAAAAUAAGCGUUAAAAUAGUCAAAAAGUGCAAAAAACGUCAUUUGGGCAAAAUGACCGUCCAGUGACAACUUUUUACAUACUACUCACAAGAAAUAAGCGUAAUCAAAAUAUUUGGCUAUAAAUUUAUUAUUUUUUUCUGGAGAACAAAAAGUUUCCAAUAAAAAGGGGAUUUCUAAAUGUGAUAUCUUUCUGUUUCUCAUGUGACUGAAAAUUUUUUUCACGUCGAAUCUAUUUUAUAAAUUUGAAACGUGAAAAAUAAAUCAAAGAAUAUGGCUGCGUGUGCGAAUCGCCAAGUCAAGAUGACGUCAUGUCAGGGAGUAGCGGUUUGCGAUUUAAAGCGAAGUUAAUUUAAUAUAUUUGAUCAUCUUUUUUCUUAUAAAACCAGCAUGGAAUCUGAGUGUGUAUAGUUACAGCAAAAAAUGGAAUCAAUCCAUUAAAAACAACCUCGUAAAUAAACAAAAAAGGGAGAAAAUUAAAGCAACAGUUUAAUCACAAUUAAUGUUUUAUUAAAGGCGCACUCAGGAGGAAACACCGAGAGCAUCAAAGCGAAGCGCCGAAAGGGGUUCUGUAGCUCCGAGGAAACUGAAAAAUCGUCACAAGCUGGCGCAGAAUGACCUAUAUGAAAAAAAUCGCGAAAAACCGCCGUUCUAAAAAUUUGCUGUUUUCCUACCACCAAAAAGUUCGCUUACAAUUAGAAGAUGAAAAACAAAAACUCAGCCGUCACGCAUGUUUGAGGCAGUACUACGGCGGCCGGUGGCCGGUCAAUAUUGCGCAGUCAGUUUCGGAGCCAGGAAAUAAUUUUUCUGCAAUUUGUUAAGGACCUAUUUCUCGAGGUUACAAGAUAAUUUUACGUCACAAAAAGUACACAAAAAUUUCAUUUUAUUAUUGAAAAAUCUAUCCAAACUACCGUAAUACGACCGGACACCUUAAACAGGCGUGCCGUGUGUGACAAAAAUAAAGAAAUUUUGAAAAAAAAAGCACUGCAAACAUUUUUUUCAGUAAAGCAGAGCCGAUGCGCCCUCCUUUUUCAAAAGACGCUUGUAGAGCCGCGAAAUCCUGCAAACUCAGUGAUUAUAAAGGGCAGCCGUAUGAUUAGAACUGAAUUUCUAUUGGUUAAAAACUUUCUUUCAGUAAUUUCGCUACAAAGUGCGACACGGAUCGUAAAGGGUACUUGGGGAUGGAGUGGAAAUCCAGUUUAGCUGACUGUUCCAUUCCGCAAGUCAGUUGAAGUUCACUAUUUCGAUGCUUACCCUGAGAUUGAGUUUCAGCACAUCAUCUGCAGUUAUACAUCUGGCAGUGAAGUACGCUUUGAAAAAAUUAAAGAAGAAAACUCUACUGAUCAACUAAAUUAGAUAUUUUUCAAACCCGAGUCGUCAUUAAAGGCAUGGGGGCAGCAAAAAACGUGGUUUCAGGUGUAAGCUUUGCCCAAUAGGAAAAAAGUUUUUACGGUUUUUUUUCUCUACAGUACCCCUGAAAGUGGGCUGGGUCUGAUAAAACCUGGUUCUGAAUAUUCAUCAAGAGGUUGUUCACUAUCUAUUAAGGUUUUCCAUAAGUCUUUGUGCACUUCAUUCAAAAUUCGAUAUUUCCUAUUUAGAGAUCAUUGGACAGUCAUAUUGUAGGUACUUAACUGUGAGAACAUUUGCAACGAUAGGCAAUUUGGAUCAUUUGAAUUAUCUGUAAUAGAAAUCUUAGAGAACCAACCAUAUUGAACACGGAUUGGACACAUUGUUACAAAGCGAAACUGGCGGGCAUCAGGCAGAGAUGAAAAAAUAAUGUGUCCAAUCGCUAGAUUACUACUGUGGCCAUCAAGAGACAGAAGCUCGCUGACACAUUAUUUUCUGUUGAAAUGAAAACAACGAAAAUUUUCAAAAAUCAAAAGUGCACAAAGACUUAUGGAACACCCUAAUAUGAAAGCAAGGUGAGCUCUCAGGAACAAAGAUGAAAAGCUCUACAAAUUACUGCUUUGAACUGAAAACCCCUUUUUUACUGCCCUAUGCUUUUGAGCGAAACGAUUAUCUGCAAAAAAAUCUGCUAUCUUUUUAAUUCUUGUUUCAAUUUUCUCAUGCGAAAAAAUUCCGAUAUCUUUUUUCUUGAAAAAAAAUUUUUAUUUCAACUUGAACAGACUCACAAUGAAGAUUUUAGGACUGGAAGUGCUUGGAACAUGAGAAUAUGAUCUAUCAACCAAUGAAACCGAAUGCAAGCAGAAUAUUUUGGAGAAAAAAAAACAUCAGCACUUUCAGAAAACCGAUUCAAGUUUUUACUCUGAGGCGAUCCAAUUCUACAAUGGACUGUGUUAUGAGGUUAUCGUUCAAAUCUUCAAAAAAGAAUCUUUCUUCGACAGAUCAUAUGCAACGAAGGAAGUUUCCAGUUUGUUUCUGGACAAGAUUACUACGAUUGCAAGAAAGAGGGAGAUAGGGUGACCUUCAAGCAGGUUCCAUUUUUGGUUUCUGAAAGUUUUGACAUUUUUUCGCCCCAGAAGUACGGGAAUAAUAACCAUUUCCGACAGUUUUACGAAGAAAGGACGGAAUCAGUACUCGACAAAGUCACAGUAUUUUUUCAAGUUAUUGAUAAUUGAGUAUCUGAGCGAUUACAUUGUCGAUAGGACUGUGAUUUGUCCGAAGUACUGCGAUGUCUGCGCGGAAAAAGAUCCAAAGACGUGCAAAGAAGAGGAAGCAGAAGAAGGAGAAGAUGAUGACGACGACGAGGUCUGCGACGACGAAUAGUGUUCUCUAACUUCUUUUUUUUUCAUGCUUUGCAAGCAAAUAAAACGAAGUUAUAGAGAAUGAGAAAGAGCAUGGAAAAUAUCAACAAGUUGUUGGAAUGGUCCAAAGCCUAGGGCCUUCCCUUUGCAGACAGCAAAAUAAUUGUGCUUCACCUAGGUAGAAACAAUCCUAGUCGAAGGGAAUCCUAUUUAAUCUGAAAGUAUGGUCGGAGACCUUGGUCUUUUUAUUGAUGAUUCCAUUUCCUUCCAUUCUCAUAUUGUAGUCAUUUUUGCCCGACUUGAAAGGCGAGAGAGGCGGGGCAGGGGGCGGGACGCACAGCGUGAGCGUUCGUGGUUCUUGGCACGAGUUCAAUUCAACCGCCAGAGACUACUUGGACUAUAUGGUCUUUUGAUAGUUCGUGGUGCUUGAGUUGGAUUCGUGCAAAAAACCGCGUACGCACACGCUACGCGUCCCUCGCCUUUCAAGUCGGGAUGGAUUGACUAUAAUCAUGUUGUCAAUAUUGCUAUGUUGGAAUCACGUAAGACCCCGGACCUUGGUUCCUUCACGGAUCCACUUUCGCUUAAUUUACGGAUAUGUCUCCGUUGGUUUAAGCGCGGUCCCUGUGGGCUGUGUAGCACAGAGCCUCAGACCUCGGUUCCAUGUUGGAUCCGAUUUUUGGUUCGAACCAGGAUCCUGUCCGACUCCGACAGGACUCCGACCGAUCUGAUGAUCAGUCGCGUCGACCGAAAAGCUUUGAACAGCUGGGAAUGA